UGGACAGAUGAUGGAUGAUGACCAAGAGAAGAUUGUGAAGGAUGGACAGAUGAAGGAAGAUGACCAAGAGAAGAUAGUGGAGGAUGGACAGAUGAUUGAUGAUGACCAAGAGAAGAUUGUGAAGGCUGGACAGAUGAUUGACGAUGACCAAGAGAAGAUUGUGAAGGAUGGACAGAUGAAGGACGAUGACCAAGAGAAGAUUGUGAAGGAUGGACAGAUGAUGGAUGAUGACCAAGAGAAGAUUGUGAAGGAUGGAAAGAUGAUGGAUGAUGACCAAGAGAAGAUUGUGAAGGAUGGACAGAUGAUGGAUGAUGACCAAGAGAAGAUUGUGAUGGAUGGACAGAUGAAGGACGAUGACCAAGAGAUAUUGGUGGAGGAUGGAGAGUUAGCAGAUGAUGAACUAGAAAGAUCAGAUGAUGAACUAGAAAGAUCAGAUGAUGAACUAGAAAGGAGAUCAGAUGAUGAACUAGAAAGGAGGUCUGAUUAUGAACUAGAAAGGAGGUCAGAUUAUGAACUAGAAAGAAUAUCAAAUGAUGAACUAGAAUGGAGAUCAGAUGAUGAACUAGAGAGCAUAACACUAACAGAUGGUCAUGAUGGAAACAUGAGUUUCAGAUAUGAUGGAAACAUGGUCAUGCUGAAGGAAAACAGAGAAGCCUUUAGUGCUGUUAAAGAAAAGCCGGAUCUGGAGCAAGUAAUGGAUUCUUGCAGCGAGGACAGCAACUGCUCGCUGAUUUGGCCCAUAUUGAGUGUUAGUCUGAGAAAGACCAGAAUCUUAAAGAGAUGGCAAACCAAUGACUCACAUAAAGACAGUGAUAGUAGUGUUCAUGACUAUGAUUCUGACAGCAGAGACCCUUCUUAUAAGCCACAGAAGCCUGAUAGACUUGAUGAUGGUGAGACAGAUGCAAGUGACCACAAUGAUUCCAGUGCAUUGACCAUCACCAAGAAAAGAAAGAGCCUUCACUGGAAAAAGAAAGAAAGAAAAAAAAACGGUGCCCUGGACCAAAGCUGACACUGAAAUCCUUAAGCGCAUAUUUCAUCCAUGUAUUACAUCAAAUAAGCCUCUAACAAAAAAUGAUGUUUUAUUAGGGACAAGGAAAAACACUUAUGUGAAAACAAUGUUCGAAAAAAGAGGCUGGAAGUGUAUUAAGUAUUACAUUUGGAGCCUGACACAGCAGCAUCAGAAAAAAAAGAUGAAGCUUUUGCAAGCAUCUUCUUUGCGGAACUAAAUCUAUGUUCUGUUCGUCAAGAAAUGUUUUGAUUCCAAUAAUGAAGAGUGUGCCGUUUUUGGUG